UUUGGAGCUCGGAGAAAUUUUCUUUCAGAUGUAAUGACCUUAGACAUACUCCCAGCUUUUGUUGGGUCUUUAAUACUAGCAGUUUACCUGACGAGGUUCUUUUUCUUGAAGCUGAAGGCAAAAACGCCUCUUUCUUUGGGCAGUGAAUUAGAUAGACGAAAAAAGCGAACUCUGGUAGUGCUUGGAUCUGGUGGACACACGACUGAGAUGCUGAGACUGUUGGAUCACAUGCAGAAAGAGAUAUACAAUCCUAGAUACUAUUUCCUGGCCAACACAGACCACAUGUCUAUUAAAAAACUGAAGCUGAGAUCGGUGGACCCUAAUUGCAUCCAACUGAUUCCCAGGAGUCGAGAAGUGGGUCAGUCUUACCUCACUUCAAUCUUUUCUACCCUUCUGGCCUGUCUCUCCACUAUUCCCAGAGCACUCUGGAUCAAUCCAGAUCUGCUGAUGGUCAAUGGGCCAGGAACAUGCCUGCCAGUGUGUAUAGCCGCACUCAUUACUAAUAUGCUGACCUUCAACCGAGUGACUAUUGUGUUUGUGGAAAGCAUCUGUAGAACGGAGACUCUUUCUCUAACAGGGAAGAUCCUCUACAGAUUAAACAUAGCAGACAUGUUUUUCGUCCAGUGGGAAAGACUAAAACUCACAUAUCCCAAAUGCACAUAUGUUGGAAGAGUUGUAUGAAUGACAAUGAAGGGAUAACUUUGACCGACUUGUUUUUUUUGCAGUUCAUGUUGAUUUAGUAAAUGCCAUAGAAAUUAAAGCUAAUUUAAAUAUUUUA